GUUCCUCACGUGCGAGUACUGCGUAGAAGCUCCUCGGAGAUACCCCUUGCCGCGGAUUCAGGGCAUCCCCUGCAACGUAGAUACUCCGUGCCGUGGAGCGCGCGAACGCAGUUCGCUCGCAGCUUGUGGCGCCACCUGUUGGUAAAACGAGGAAACGAAACGGGGCUGCAUAACCUCACAGCUAGCUGUCUGCUGUCUGCCGGCUCAGCUGUUUGUUUGUUGUUGAAAACGAGGAAGCAGUAUUUCGUGCUGAAUGUCAUUUGGCUUGACGUAUCACAGGAGAGCCGAAACGAAAUAGCAAUCACAAAUCGUGAGCAGUUAAAUGCAGCCAAGCUCCCGAGUUUAUCGAAAAAAGUCACAAAAUGAAAGGCACCAUUCAGAGAGUAGUGAAGGCUAGUGUAGAGGUCGAUGGUCAGCUUAUUUCCUCAAUAGGCCGUGGGAUUUGCGUUCUGGUUGGGAUCCACAAAAACGAUUCAGAAAAAGACAAGGAAUAUUUAGCUCGGAAACUAUUGAGCAUUAGGCUAUGGGAGGAUGACAAAGGACGGAGAUGGUCACGAAGUGUGACUGACAUGCAGUAUGAGAUCCUGUGUGUGUCUCAGUUCACACUCUACUACUACCUGAAAGGAAAUAAACCCGACUUCCAUGCCGCUAUGCCUGGGGCCCAGUCUCAGGAGUUUUAUAACUCUUUCUUAGACACUCUUAAAAAAUUGUAUGACCCCAGUAAAAUUAAAGAUGGACAGUUUGGAGCGAUGAUGCAGGUGCACAUACAGAACGAUGGACCUGUUACCUUGGACAUCGAAUCUCCAACACUCAGACAACUGUUAGAUGAACAAGCCCAGAAGGAUAAACCGACUAAAACUGAGACCCAAUCUCAAGAUUCGUGAACGUUGUGUAACUUAAUAAAUUAUAAAGUUGUAUGCGCUUUUC